GUUGAGAUAAAGUUGAAAAGAGAGUUGUAUAGAAAAAGAGAGGAAAAUAUUCUCUUUAGCUUUCAAGUUGGUCAUUCUUUUUUGGUGUUUUCUUUUGAAAUCAAACAAAAAAAAUUCCCAAGAAAAUAUUGUAUUUCUCUUCAUGUGUUUGUAAAAUUUACACAACCUUUGUGUUUUUCUUUGUGUUUGUUAUUGUGUGCUACUACUACUACUACUACUUAUGUUUGUGUUCUUUUGGCACAAUCUAAAACCAAAAACAAAAGAACUUGUAAGAUUUGAAUACUACCAAGGUUUUCUUAACUGUUUGUAUUUGGAAAAAAAUACAAACUUUGUUUUGUAGCUUAGACACAAAACCAAAACAUUAACAAAAAAAUGAUGUCUGGAGAUGUGUUUUCAUUUCCUUCUUCUGUUAAAGCAGUACUUCCUCAUCAUCAUCAAGAACUUCAAACAGCAAACCCUAACCCUAAACCUAAUACUUCUUCCAAAAAAAGAAGAAAUCUUCCAGGAACACCAGAUCCAGAUGCUGAAGUUAUUGCACUUUCACCAAAGUCACUCAUGGCAACAAACAGAUUCAUAUGUGAGAUUUGCAAUAAGGGUUUUCAAAGGGACCAAAAUUUGCAACUUCAUAGAAGAGGACACAAUCUUCCAUGGAAGCUAAAGCAAAGAAACAAGCUAGAACAAGUGAAGAAGAAAGUGUAUAUAUGUCCAGAAAAGACAUGUAUUCACCACGAUCCAUCGCGUGCACUUGGCGACCUAACUGGAAUUAAGAAACAUUUUAGUAGAAAACAUGGAGAAAAGAAGUGGAAAUGUGAAAAAUGUUCAAAGAAAUAUGCAGUUCAAUCAGAUUGGAAAGCUCAUAGUAAAACUUGUGGAACUAGAGAGUACAAAUGUGACUGUGGCACACUCUUUUCAAGAAAGGAUAGUUUUAUCACACACAGAGCUUUCUGUGAUGCUUUAGCUGAGGAGAGUUCAAGAAUCACAUCAGUUGGGGCUACCAAUUUGAUCAACUUCCCAAAUACUGCAACUUUAUUGAACCAACAACAAGCAAAUUUACAUGGCGGAUUCGCAGGAUGUAGACCAGAUUUUGGUAGUUACACAACUGGUAAUAACAAUUCACUUCAUCAGCAGCAGCAGCAAAAACCAAGAUUAUCACUAUGGUUAGAUCAACAAGCUGCUAAUCAUAAUAAUCCUCUUCAAAUAUCUUCAAGUUCGAAUCUUUUUGACAGUUCAAGCACAGGGGGUUUCCAAGAAAUGAUCCAAAUGCAAUCUCAAAAUGUAUUUGGAUCAUCUAAUUCGACAUCUGCAAACUUUUCAAUAGCUGAAGCAUACAAUUCUCUGUAUUCCGAUAGUCAAAACAGCCAAUUAACCAAACAAAAUUCGACCACACCAAUGUCUGCUACUGCACUUCUACAGAAAGCAGCACAAAUGGGCUCUACAAAAAGCAAUCAAUCAACUUUCUUUAGCAACAAUUUCAGCAAACUGAACUCUUCUUCUUCAUCUUCCCCAAAUACACCAACUUUUACCAGUUUACAGAGUUGUGAAACAACAGAUCAAAUUUUCGCCAAGAAAUCUGAAGAUUACACAACUUCGUUGUUACAGAGCAACAACGGGCUAUUUGGGUGUCCGAAUUUCACUUCUUCAGGGAUUAAUAAGUCGAUUAAUUUGGAUGAGGCAAUUAUGCAAACAGUUGGUAUGCAUAAUACUCAAGCAGUUUCAAUGAACGGUAUGGAUAAUUGUUUAACAAGAGAUUUUUUGGGAAUUAAACAUGAAGGGAAUUGCCAGUUUUUGCCACAAGAGAUUGUUAAGUUUGCUUCGAUGAACAGUUCAGCUAUGGGAUUAAGCCAUUUACAGUAAGCAGUUAGUUACUUAGCAAUGGCAUCUGUCUUUUUCAUUUAUAUUUUUGUAUUCAUUUGUAUUUCGCAGUUCAAUAAUGUAAAAUGCUAAGUGUAUCUUACAACUGUUGUUUCAUCAGCUAGCCUAUUGUUAACUAU